GCCCUCCGGAGUCGCUCGGGACGCCCGGCGUCCUGCGGCACUGGGGCCCCGGCAGCGCUGGCCCCCGCGUCGGCGCGGCGGCCAUGGCGCAGUCCCGAGCGAAGGUGGAGAUUCCCCGGGAAGACCUGAACGCACUCAUCCGCAAGUGUAAGGGCGAGAUCCUGGGAUUUCGCUUCCCGGGCUCGUUCGAGGACAUCGCCCGCCUGAACAUGACUGCCCCGUCGGCGAUCAACGCAGAGACGCCCAAGUUGUCCGCGAAGGACAUCCAGGUGGGCCAGGAGGCGCCCCCCGACGUGCCCGUCGACGAGCGGGUGGAUUACAGCGCGCUCGAGGUGGCGAGGGGGCAAGACAGGUUCUCGCCGCGGAACGGCCCGAAGGCCUUCGCCGCGAUCGCCGUCGACGGCGAAGCGGUCGAGACGCCCGCGCCGAACGGCACGGCGCACGCCGCGGGCGAGGGGGGCGCGCCUGUCGACGAGGGGGCCGGGCGGGCUCAUCCCAGGGGCGGGGCGAAGAGAAGGCCGGCGGCUGCGAAGAGGAAGACCGGCUGCGCCGUCGAGGACGGCGACGGCGAGGAGAGAGACAGCAGCGACGACACGGUGGACUCGGGCGCAGAUUAUGACGCGCCGAAGAGGAGGCCAGCCGCCGCGGGCGCGGGCAAGGAGCCCGCCGCCGAGGCGGGCGGGGGCGCGGCACCGCCGCCGGAGCCGAAGCGGCCACCUGGAGACAAGGCGCGGGUCGCCACGCAGCGCGGGCGCGAUCGGGCUGCGGGCCAGGUGCGCGCCCCCGAGAGACAGUUCGCGCAGCGGUCUGCGGGCGCCGCCUAUUCCGACGAACAGGUGAUGGAGAUGGCCGACCACACCGUUGCCCAGCUGUCCAUGGGGCGCGAGCUGAGACCGAAGCAGCUCCGCGGCGCUGCGCGACGGCAGGCGCCGCCCGAGCAGCUGGCAGACAAGCUGAGAAGCAUCGCUGGCAGGAAGCUGAGAAGCAUCGCUGGCAGGUGCUGCGAGACCGCCCGAGUGGAGCCGCAGAAGCCCCGCUGCGCGCUGUCGCGCAAGAGAACGCCUUCAGAGCACGGCAUGCAGCGCAAUGCACUGGCGACUUUCGACGAGCUCUGCGGCGAGAAGCAUUCGGAAUUCUGCGACCAGUGGAUCGACGAGAAAGCGACGACCGCGAAGGAACGCAAUAUCACCUUCCUGGCAGAGUGCAAGAGGAGCGGCGCUGAUCCGAAGCGGGGAACCCACCUGCAGGACGACGCGCCCGCCCACUCCGCGCCGGCGCAGUUCUUGGACGACGCAGAUCAUCUCCUGACCAAGGCAGCAUGCAUUCCCGACGAUGAACCGAACGAGGAGAUCAUCGCCGACGUGACGCGCAAGCAGAAGGGAGAGCUCGCGGUGGCCCAGAAGCAUCUCGACGGCGACGAGCUCAGCCUCGAGCGCUGGCGCUCGGAGAGAAAUUUCCAGAAGGGCUCGCUCUGGCCCAGGGGGUGCGCGGCUGAGAUCCGCGCGCCGUGCCCGAAGCACCAUCGGGAGGAGAAGAAGGAGGCUUCCAUUUCGCUGCCGCGCGACGCGCUGCUGUCGCCGGCGCCCCGCGGCGAUCCGGGCGCACUGCCGCGGAAGGCGGGGCUGGGCGAGGGCGACUGCGCCCGCGUGGGUCGCGCGGAAGCGACGCUCCGCAGUGGCACGGCGGCGUUUGGCUGGCGGCGGGAUGGCGCCCCCACCAGGCCAGACCACGGGCGUUCGCUUCAGGACGUCAUCGCCACAAUUCUGCGCAACGGAGGCUAUGUCUCGCCUGCGCUGAACCUGUCUGGCACCGCCGUCGACGCGCUCCAGAUUGAAUGGUUGCACGCUGUGGACAUUGGAGUCAGGGCGGAUUUCGCGGGCGCGCUGCCGCGGGAAGCUGUUGAGAGCCACUGCGUUCCUGGGAGCGCCGCGGACGACUCCGCACUGAACGCGAUGCGUGACUUGCGCACUUGCUACCACACGAUGAGCAGCGCCUGCAUCUCCAGACGCGACUUGCUGCGCGACUCCGCCAGCAGGUUCGCGGCGCCUUUCGCUGCCUUCCAGCGGGCGCGGCCGAAGAUUUGGCGCGCGAGGCCGAAGGCGCACCUACUCCCCGAGAUGGCUUUCGGAGGCGGACAGCCGUCGCUGUGCUGGACCUACAGGGGCGAGGACUUCGGAGGCAGCGUGGGGCACGCGGCGAAGAGGCGCGGCUCCACGGCAGCGGGUUUUUCCCGCGCGGCUAUCGCGCGCACCCGCGCGCAGCCGAUGGCGCGGCUGGCGCGACCUGCCGCGCCGAG